GCUGUCAGAAGGGAGUUUUUACUCCUUUUCCCCCGGAGCUGUGUCUUUUAUUAAACGUUCUGUCCGGGGUCCGAGAUGGACAAAGUUUGUGCGGUUUUCGGAGGCUCCAGGGGGAUCGGCAGGGCUGUAGCCCAGCUAAUGGCACAGAAGGGCUACCGUCUGGCGAUCGUCGCCAGAAACCUGGAAGUGGCCAAAGCCGCCGCCGGCGAGCUCGGCGGAAACCACUUGGCAUUUAGCUGUGAUGUUGCUAAAGAGGAGGAUGUUCAGCAUACGUUUGAAGAGAUGGAGAAACAUUUGGGUCCUGUCAAUUUCCUGGUAAAUGCAGCUGGCAUUAACAGAGAUAGUCUCCUAGUGAGAGCAAAAACUGAAGACAUGAUAUCUCAGCUUCACACUAACCUCUUGGGCUCCAUGCUGACGUGCAAGGCGGCCAUGAAGACGAUGAUUCAGCAGGGUGGAUCCAUUGUUAAUGUAGGGAGUGUUAUUGGUUUCAAAGGCAAUGUGGGCCAGUCCGUGUACAGCGCUACCAAAGGAGGGCUCAUUGGGUUUUCACGCUCGCUUGCUAAAGAGGUUGCACGGAAGAAAAUCAGAGUAAAUGUGGUUGCACCAGGAUUUAUUCACACAGAUAUGACAAAACACUUGAAAGAAGAACAUUUGAAGAAAAACAUCCUUCUCGGGAGGUUUGGAGAUGCUCUCGACGUGGCUCAUGCGGUUGUGUUUCUCCUAGAGUCUCCGUACAUCACAGGACACGUUCUGGUUGUGGAUGGAGGAUUACAACUCACCAUCUAAUCAGAGAUGAUUCUGUUGUGAUGGUUGUUGAUUAGGGUCAAGUGCACUUUUUUUUAUUAAUUAGGCAAUCAUAUCUAUAUGGGUGACAUUUGAUACUAAAAUGGUUCUAUCUUUAUAUGAACAUGUUUCAAAAGAACAAUGAGUGACCAGUUGUAGUCUAAAAGGUAUGAAUUCUCUCUUUUUAGAGAUCAUAGAAAUUUUAGUACAUAGACGUUUUGUAAUGCGUCAGUAUUAAUCUAUAGAAGAUUCUGUUGUGAUACAGUUUAAUUGUAUCUGCUGGGUUUCUAAGACACCAAUUUUGUGCUGUUGCUAAAUAAGAGUAUUUGCAGAAGAUUGAGAUCAAUUUUUUAUUCGUUACUUUUUGUUGCUGUGGUAAAACAUCAUGAUCAAAAGCAACUUAUCGGAGAAAGGGUCUCUUGAUGCUUAUGGUUCCAGAGAGAUGGAGUUCAUCAUGGCAAGGAAGGCUGACAGCAGUCAGGGAAAGCAUGGUGGUCGGAGCAGGAAGCUAGCUGGUCACAUUUCAUCCAUACACAGGAAGCAGAGGGGACACAGGAAGUGGAGCCAGGCUGUAAAAUCUCAAAGCUUACCCCUGAGAGACAUACUUCCUCCAGCAAGACUGCACUUCCUAAAGGUUCCAUAGCUUUCCCUAACAGUGCCACCAACAAGGAACUGAGUGUUCAGACAUGAACCCUUAAGGACAUUACAUUCAGACCAGCACAGUACUUAGAAGUCUUGCCAAGGCUCACCUUUUAUGUUGUAUGGUGCAUUUUGAGGCAGGAUAUCACAAUGUGAGCCUCCUCCUCAGCUUGGGAAGCAUUGGUCUUAUUAGAGACCAAUUUUUGCUGGAGAGUAGAAAUGAAGACAUAUAGCUGAAUGCAAUAGAGAUAGCAUUCCUUCUGCCUUGAACUCUUGUGGGCAAUAAAGAACUAUUUUUAUAUACUAGAUUCAUGUUGAUUUUUUUUAUUUACCAUCUUCCAAAUACUUUUAAUAUUUUAUUUUAAAAAGUAAUGUUUUUACCAAGGUGCUCAUAAUCUCAGAUACUUGGUCAGCUGAGGCAAGGACAUAACAAGUUUAAGGACAUGCUAGGUUACAUAGUUCAAGGUCUGGGGAUGUGGCAGAGCACUUGCCCAGUAGAAGCAAGAUCCCAGGUUCAAUCCUUAGUGCUUCAAACUAGAACAGAACCAAACCCAGGAAUCCAGGAGUUAUCUAAUUGCUGUUUUCAAGUAGAUCAUUGUCUAAAUGGAUUUUUGAUUAUAUAUAGUCAAAUAAAAAAUAUGAAUAGGAUGUACUAAUAAAUUCAGAAUAAUAGUGCUAAAUAAUAGUACUAAAUAAUUCAAAAUAAAUCAAAAGCUGUGUGCUAAAUAUGGAGUCCUUUAUCCCUGACAUAGUUUCUUUACUUAAUUUUUUAGCAUUCUGUUUUUUCGGUCCUGGGGCUUGACCUUUGGGCUUUGGGCCUGCCUACUAAGUUAGUGCUCUACCCAUAGGUUCCAGCCACAGCCUCUGGUUUAGGAGAACAUCUGAUGUGAGUGCAGUUAGUACUACUGAAGGAACAGCCUGCUAAAUGCAAGGUGGGGCAGUUGGAGGACUAGCAGCAUUUCUAGGCAUGUUAGGUAAUGCGACACUCAGGAUGUCUCCCAGGUGGUGCCCAUGGUAGAAGGCUUUGUGCAUAGAGAGUGGGUAGCUUCCUCAUGCUCUGUCCCAUGUGUCUUUGGCCACCUAUACUUGUACAGGCCUCAGUUCCCUUUGCUGAACACACCAUGUUCUGAAGACAUCAGCGAAGCUGGUUUGUUGUGUAAACAAGAGGAAAGCAAUGAGGAAGAAGCCAAGUAUGGUGACACUCACCUGGGUAUGGUGACACUUGCCUGGCUAUGGUGACACUCGCCUGGCUCUGGUGGCACUCGCCUGGGUAUGAGGACACUCGCCUGGCUCUGGUGGCACUCGCCUGGAUAUGGUGACACUCGCCUGGAUAUGGGGACACUCGCCUGGGUAUGCGGACACUCGCCUGGGUAUGCGGACACUCGCCUGGGUAUGAGGACACUCGCCUGGGUAUGGUGACACUUGCCUGGCUAUGGUGACACUCGCCUGGCUCUGGUGGCACUCGCCUGGGUAUGAGGACACUCGCCUGGCUCUGGUGGCACUCGCCUGGAUAUGGGGACACUCGCCUGGAUAUGGGGACACUCGCCUGGAUAUGAGGACACUCAUACAUGGGGUGGGAGGGGAACAGAAGAUGAAGGUUGUUUUUAGCUACAUAGUGAGCUUGAGACUAGCGUGGGCUAUGUGAGCAAAAUCCAAAAACAGCACUGAAAACUAGGUUACCAAUAGGCUUACCCUUGAGUGUAUGUUUGCACUUUAAAAUAAGCUGCUCUUCCCUUCUGUGUCAGACUGAAACGUGGAGAGCUGUGGGAAAGGGGAAAUAAAUCAUCAUGGCUCCGCUCCUGGCUCCUCUCCUCCUGUCCUCACUGACUUGGUAGAAAUUUCAACUGAACACUUGAAUUCCGAGGCCCAAGAACUUCAGUGAAUUCUUGGGCUGAAGACUCAGCUCUGGCUGUUUUCCUCCUCCCCGCAGCUCAUGGUCCAGCCCAUGCUGAACAUUUGAAGGAAAAGGUUGGUGGCCAGAGCCAACGUUUUCAGUUUUCAUGCUCAGUUUUAAAAUGUGUGCUUUUUUCAUGUUUUCAUUCAUAUUCUAUUUACAAGGGGUUGUGUAAACUUUUUACAGAUAGAAUUAUAUGUUGCAAAUUACUUUAGGGGGAUAAUUUAUGCAGAAAAGCUAAGUUGAUCUACACGCAUCUCUUACCCAGAAUAAGGAGGGAAGAAAAACUGCUUUGUGUAUUCAAGAGUUGAUACCCAUUGUUACUGGAGCAUUUUCCCCAAGCUUUGUGAAUAGGAAAAAGUGUGAAUUAUGAAAUUAUUCUA